CUUCGUGCACUAGGCUACAGCACGGCCGGUUGUGCUGUCAACAUGGAAAGAGCGUCAAAGUAGGGAGAGCAGGAAGUUAGCUAAGAGGUGGUCAUCGGUCGAACAGGGGGAAGCCUCAAGCCUUAUCUCCGUUUUCUUCCAUGGCAGGUUAGUGAAUUUGAAUAGAGCUUUUGGACUUUUGAGUUGGUUAUGUACGAAUCAUGCGCAGCAGAGGACAAUCUGUCACACACUAUCGCCAUCAUGUCGCGUCGCCGCCACGACCUGUUGGCUUGCUGUUGCUGACCUUCUCAAUCGCAAUAACAAAUCAAGCUACAGUAGCCUAUUGGUCGUAUUUUACUUGGUUAUUUUACCAACAUUUGACCUACAUUCAUCACAAAUACUGUAAAUAUGAUUUACAUUUUAGUAGACCUACUAUAACAUAUAUAAAUAUAUAUAUGCCAACAGCAAUUUGAUACUUUGUACCAAGGGUUAUGCAAGCAAUGCUUCAACUAAUGUUGCCAUGCAUGCAACACUGUAGCCAACGAGAGUAAAUACUGAAUGUAAACACUUUCUCUUUUGCAAGGUGCAUCUUCACUAAGGCAGUGUGCCCCUUGCGUGACAAGAUCAAUUAAUGUUUCUAAAAGGGGACACUAAACCUCUUAACCACUAAUUCCUCUUGAAGGACUAAUGCCUACAACACUGGUUAACAGAAUAGACUGUAGUGUAGACAGCCAACGGUGCUGUUCAGUGCCAAGGAUUCAGUUACAAUUAGACCUGCCUCUUUAAUCCGACCUCAGUCACACUAGUUCAGUUACAGCAUUUAGGGGCGUGCCUUAGGGGCGUGCCUUGGUCACUCUAUUGCAUUGCAAGAGACCAUGUAUGUGCUUCUGAAACCAAAGUCCUAUGUUUGCUAUACAUACAAAUAAAAAAUAAAAAAAUAUCCUUUAUUUAAAGUGUGUAUUUAUUUGUGCCUUAUCUCCUGCAUUCCCUAGCUCCCUGGUCAGGCUCAGACGGCUACCAUGUGCAGCUGCAUAGGGACUCCCACUUCCUGUGUUCAGACCAGAGGAUGCACACUGAGCUGGUGGACAGGCUGGUGCUGCAGCUCAACAGGACCUACCCUCAGAUACUGACUGACAAGGAGGCCCAGAGGGUAAGUAGCCUAGUGAGUAUGUUAAAUCUCUGAGGGGAUUGAGUACUUCACUUCAAGGUGCACACAGCUUUACAUCACCACUCUUACCAGGGCACCCUCACCCUCUAGGCCUCUACAUAUACAGCCACAAGUGGUCAUGCAAUUCGCAAUCUUUCUGUUUUUGCAAUUUGUUGUGUUGUAUUUUGUGAUUCUAGGGAAUACUGGACAAUAACAGUCAGGAUGAAGGACUUAUUACAGAUCCAUGAAUGCACUACGAAUAAUUGGACAUAAGGCAGUUGUUUGGACACUUGUGAUUGGAUGCUUGUCUAAUUCUGCUCCAGUUCAGGAACCUGAGUGUGCCCACUGCGGUACGAUUGGCUGAGCUGCUGGUGCACCUGCAGGGGAAGGGAGAGGAGGCGUGUCAUGAGUUGUACAGGGGGCUUCAGAUCCACGCCUACGAGGUCUAUUUCAACCUGCCUACCAGAGUCAGCCGCAGAAGAGGUACAGCACUGAGGAGAUUUACUGAUCUCUUGCUGUGUGUCUGUCUGUCUGUAUACCGGUUGUUUCCCUCUCUCUCCUUCUCUGUGUGUUUCUAUAUCUGUCUCUUUCACUGUAAAUGUCCUAUUUGCAGAUGUUUGCUGAUUUGUGUGUCUGUGUGUGAUGUUGUGGAGACGGACUAACAGUGUUCCGUGUGUCUCUGUUCUAGAGCCUGCAGACCCAAUGGGGACUAACACUGUGGCCCGCCGCAUGGAGAGAUAUGUACUUAAUGACAGGGGUAUAUGUAAUAUUACACUAUAGUGCCAACGAUAACUAAGGACUUGACUGGAUACAAGUUGACAGUUCCUUCAGAAUGCAAAUCUGUUACCUCUAUAACCUCAGCUAAGCAUCAUUUUAGUAACCUCCAUUCAGUCUGAUCAGCCCCAGUUCUCUGCUUUUAUGGGUCAGACCAGCUCACGUGUCACGCACACACACACGCAAACCAACCUCUAUCCUCAUUCCUUUGACAACUUUGUUAUGCUUACAGUAGGUCAAAGGUAACGUCCAACAGAGAAGUGGGUCAUCUCUGAUAUACAGUUCUAAUGAACCAGUAACUACCAAUCAGACGGCCGCGAGAGAGAUGUUUUCUUUAGAGGAAGCCAUGGGUAUAACAUCACUCAGUAUGAUGCUGCCUGUCUGUCUCUGUCUACCAUGUUAUGAGAUUGUCUUACCAUUUACACGGUCCAGUUCCCCCUCAUCAAGACGAUGCAUACUAUCUCUCUCUUUCUCUCUGCAGGACCUCUGUUCUUCCUGAGUUGUUUCAGCCUUGCAGUGGGCUUAGCUCUGCUCUGUUAUUAUGGAGGUAAGUCUUCAUUCAGGAAGAAAAGGUUUCCCAUUGAAUGAUUGAAAAUGCCUUAGAAGCGGAUGUUCACUGUGCAAUGACGUGCACUGAUUUGGUAACUAUGGAAGGAAUAGACGGUUGUGUUUCAUAUAGUGUCAUCGACGCAUUCACCCUCCCUCUCUCUCCACUUUUAUUCCCCAAUGCUUUCCUUUUAUCCUUGACCUAUCACGCUCUCGCUGUCAUUCACGUUUAUCUAUUUCUCUCUAUUUCUUUCUUCCCCUCUCUCUCUAUUCCUCACUUCCUUUCCCUCUGUCUCUGUCCUACAGAGGGUAAUUUGAGUGGUACUGGUCCAUUUCUGAGCUUCUCAGUGCUGGGACUGGGCAGAGAGACCAGUGAGGUUCUCCUAGCCUACGCCAAGGAUGGAUCCAGAAUUCAAUAAGGCCAUAUUCAGUGAGAAAUGCUAAAGAAUGACAUUUUGGGAAAAUGCUAAAACAAUUAUCUUUGCAAUGCCAAACAUUUACCAGCAGGGGGAACUAAAAGGUGCUAUUCUUUUUUUAAAUGAUUUGUACAUACUUAUAAGUAGUAUUGUAUUUUAACAGUACCCCUGCAUUUUUAAGUGAACAUUUUACUUAUUCAUUGAAUAUGUCUUUGUAUAAUCAGACAUAGUGCCUCAAUGCUCUUUGUAAAAGUGUCAUAUAUGCUUUCUUAAACAUCACAGGAAACCAAAAUGGUUAACUUAAUCUGAACCUUUGAUUGUGGGCUAACUUGAAAGCCCUAAACAUUUAAUUUUUACUGAGGGAAUGAAUGAUUUCUUCACAUAUCAGGAGUGGAAGGAGACUGUAAGUCUGCAGUGUACCUCAGUUUGAACUGAAAGACUGAAAGCCUAACCAGUCUGUUGUUUGAAUGUUGUCACUGUGUUUUACACACCACAGUUUCUGAGUGUCCUUAGCAACACAUCCAUUGUCACCGCUCAGUGCCUCCUAACACUGUGAUCAACAAUCAACAGCUUAUUCGCAGUCUCCAAGUCACCCUUACACUACCCCUUGCAUGUCUUCACAUGUAGUUGCACUGAGAGACUGUUUCACAAUUACAGCUUGUUUCUAACCCAUUGUUAACAGAGAACUGAGGAAUAUCACCAUAAUAAAUAACAGAA